AAAUAAUUUGUCACUAUAUCCAACAACCCAACUUGUUAAAAAAAAUGUCCAACAACAUGGGCAACUUGAGAUCUUUUGUUUUCUUCCUUCUUGCCUACGUAACUUAUACUUAUGCUGCCACUAUCGAGGUCCGAAACAACUGUCCCUACACCGUCUGGGCGGCGUCGACACCCAUAGGCGGUGGUCGGCGUCUCGAUCGAGGCCAAACUUGGGUGAUCAACGCGCCACGAGGUACUAAGAUGGCACGUGUAUGGGGUCGUACUAAUUGUAACUUCAAUGCUGCAGGUAAAGGUACAUGCCAAACCGGUGACUGUGGCGGAGUCCUACAAUGCACCGGGUGGGGUAAACCACCAAACACCUUGGCCGAAUACGCCUUGGAUCAAUUCAGUGGCUUAGAUUUCUGGGACAUUUCUUUAGUGGAUGGAUUCAAUAUACCGAUGACUUUCGCCCCGACUAACCCUAGUGGAGGGAAAUGCCAUGCAAUUCAUUGUACGGCUAAUAUAAACGGUGAAUGUCCCCGCGAACUUAGGGUUCCCGGAGGAUGUAAUAACCCUUGUACGACAUUCGGAGGACAACAAUAUUGUUGCACACAAGGACCAUGUGGUCCAACAAAUUUAUCAAGAUUUUUCAAACAAAGAUGCCCCGAUGCCUAUAGCUACCCACAAGAUGAUCCUACAAGCACUUUUACUUGCCCUGGUGGUAGUACAAAUUAUAGGGUUAUCUUUUGUCCUAAUGGUCAAGCUCACCCAAAUUUUCCCUUGGAGAUGCCUGGAAGUGAUGAAGUGGCUAAGUAGUGUGGCUAUUUCUGUAAUAAGAUCACCUUUUGGUCGAAUUAUUCUGUCGAAGCGUUAGUGUAAGACAAUCUACUUUGACUCGUUUUUAUAGUUUACACACUUUGUUUGAAGUGAUCAAUUCACGAUCUUUGCUGUAAUAAACCUAAGACCUGAAUAAGAGUCACAUGUACUUUUGUCUUGAUGUUAUAUAGAUCAAUAAUGCAUUUGGAUUAUUGUUUUUA